GGCGGCGGCGGAUCGUCUGUAGGGUCCGGAUUAGGAGACGACCAUCACCCCCAGAGUCGGGAAUCCGGGGGAGGGUUCACUGUCCGUGCGUGAAAACAAGUUCUCAUCGCUCCUGACCUGUCCAUCACUUGACUUCAUCUGUGACAUCCAAGCUCGCCUCGUUCUCCUCCCGAAACUUUUUAUUCAGUUAGACCUGCGGUGAGAAGUUUAUUGGAAGAAACGCCCACAACUGAAAACGAGGGAACAGCAACAAGUGAACCAGCCCGAGGACGGAGAUCAUCAAUUCAACAGAACUCUUCUGACUCGGAGUUUCCAUUGACUCAGUCAGGAGAAAGUUUGGUCAUUGCCAGCAGGUGGGGCUUUCUUCCACCCGGACGUCGGACAAGCAGACGAUAAUCAACCAACGUCAGUCAGAGUCAGAAUGGACACAGAUCUGAACUCCGCCAUCUGCGCCUUCCUGUCAAAUUGUGACGAUCACCAACUGUUCCGGUUGACGAGAUUCUACAUGGAGCGACUGGAGCAGGCGAUUGAGGAGGGCGUGGAGGGAGUCAGCUUCAUGUUAAUGGGCGAGGAUCACUUCACCGGGCAGGAGUAUCACAGCGUGACUGAGCUCGCGGAGAAGGGAAACCGAGCGGGCGCUUCCAAACUCCUCCUGGAUCUGGUGAUGGAGAAGGGCUCCGGGGCCCGGAAAGUGAUGUGGGAAUCCUUUGUGAAACUACAUCACCAUUUACCGAAGCUGAGCAGAAUAUUGAAUGAAAUACGGGAGCGAGGUAACGGCCAGUUCGCCUACAUGGACACUGAGCGGGGUUUCUCUGAAGUGCCCAAGCAUCUGGAAGAUGUUCGAAGGAAACACAUGGAGACUUUGCGGACACAAACUGAAACACUGAGAGUGAACACGAUCCUGAUGAGGGAGAAGGUGAAGGUUUUCCAGCUGGAUGAUCGAUACGCUGAGCUCACGGUCAUUUCUACUGUUCGAGAUCGGAAACUGGUGGAACAUGAGCUGCUGGCAAGAGGCAGAGAUCACGAGGAGUGGAGAGAAAAAGAUCUCCGUGGUAAGCUGGAAAAAAUCCGUACUGAUCAGUUAUUCAAGAAGAGCUUUGUUCAAAAAUUGCAAAGAUACUUCUUUGGAAACAAAUCAGGGAUAUCCGCAGCAGUGGCCGGAGUCCCAGGGAUCGGGAAAACAACAAUGGUACAAAAGAUUGUUUAUGACUGGGCCGCGGGGAAGAUAUACCAACAAUUCCAGUUUGUCUUCAGUUUCAAAUUCCGGGAUUUAAACACCAUUAACUGUAGAAUAAACCUGAAAGAACUGAUUCUGCAUCAUUACCCCUACUUUGGGAAUAUGCUGGGAGAGAUCUGGAAACAGACAGAGGGACUGCUGUUCAUAUUCGAUGGUUUGGAUGAAUUCAAGGACAAAAUCAACUUUGUUGAUCGUCGGAGAGACACAGAAUCACAGUACACAGAUCCUGAAUUCAAGUGCAAGGUGUCUGAUAUUGUGUACAGUUUAAUCCAGGGCAAGCUGCUCCCAGGGUGUUCAGUGCUGGUGACCACCCGUCCCACUGCGUUACAUUUAUUGGAAAAGGCAGACAUCAGUGUCUGGGCUGAAAUCCUAGGAUUUGUUGGUGAGGAACGGAAGGAAUAUUUCAUCAGGUAUUUUGAAGAUCAGACGGUGGCGGAAGCUGUUUUCAAACAUGUGAAGGAGAACGAGGUCCUGUAUACCAUGAGCUACAACCCCUCCUACUGCUGGAUCCUUGCUCUGGCACUGGGCCCCUUCUUCACACAAAGAGUCAGGGACCCACUGCGUGUUCCCAAGACCAUCACCCAACUGUACUCCUACUAUAUUUACAACAUCCUGAAAAACCAUGGCCGUGAGAUUGAGAACCCGCGUGAUGUGUUACUCAGGGUUGGUCAGAUGGCCUUCAGAGGAGUUCACGAGAGGAAGAUUGUGUUUACAGAUGGAGAUUUGAUCAACUACAAUCUGCAGCCUUCCCAGUUCCUGUCUGGGUUCCUGAUGGAGCUUUUGGAGAGAGAGGAUUCUGCCCGGAGCGUGGUGUACACAUUCCCACACCUCACUAUCCAAGAGUUUGUAGCUGCAGUCGCACAAUUCCUGAAUCCACAUCCCGGGGAUAUCCUGAAAUUCCUCACUGAAGCCCACAACACGACAGAUGGACGAUUUGAGGUAUUUCUUCGUUUUGUUGCUGGUCUCUCCUCCCCAAUGACAGCUCGGGGCCUGGAGGAGUUUCUGGGUCCAUUUCCUCAUCAAACAACCUGCCGGGUGAUUGACUGGGUGAAGGAGGAGGUUCAACGCCAGAGUGGAAACACAGAGAGUGAAGCUGGUAAAAGGAGCCUCCUGAACACAUUGCACUACCUGUUUGAGUCUCAGAAUCGUGGACUGGCUCAGGCCGCACUGGGAUCUGUGGAAAUGCUUUCAUUCAGUGGAAUGACACUGACCCCGAUGGACUGCGCGGUCCUGUCUCAUGUCAUCGGACUCUGUGAUGCAAUAAAACACCUCGACCUGGGGAUCUGCCACAUUCAGAUUGAAGGAAUACAGCGGCUGGGACCCGGGCUGUACAAGUGCCAGGAUUUGAGACUUGGGGAGAACGACUUGGGAGAUUCAGGAGUGAAACUGGUGUCUGGGGCUCUGAGGAACCCGGAGUGUAAAGUACAGAAACUGGGGCUGUGGGAAGUCGGUCUCACAGAUUCUGGUGCCGAGGAUCUCGCCUCCGCUCUCAGUACAAACCCAUCACUGACGGAGCUGAGCCUGAGUUAUAAUAAACUGGGAGAUUCAGGAGUGAAACUGGUGUCUGCGGCUCUGAGGAAGUCAGAGUGUAAAAUACAGAAACUGGGGCUGAGGGAUGUCGGUCUCACAGAUUCUGGUGCCGAGGAUCUCGCCUCCGCUCUCAGUACAAAACCAUCACUGACGGGGCUGAACCUGGGUGAUAAUAAACUGGGAGAUUCAGGAGUGAAACUGGUGUCUGCGGCUCUGAGGAAGUCAGAGUGUAAAAUACAGAAACUGGGGCUGAACAAUGUCGGUCUCACAGAUUCUGGUGCCGAGGAUCUCGUCUCCGCUCUCAGUACAAACCCAUCACUGACGGAGCUGAACCUGAGUGAUAAUAAACUGGGAGAUUCAGGAGUGAAACUGGUGUCUGCGGCUCUGAGGAACCGGGAGUGUAAAAUACAGAAACUGUGGCUGAACUAUGUCGGUCUCACAGAUUCUGGUGCCGAGGAUCUUGUCUCCGCUCUCAGUACAAACCCAUCACUGACGGAGCUGAACCUGAGUGAAAACUCUCUGACAGACGGAUCUGUCCCCGGUCUCCGCCGCCUCAUACUGACCCUCCCGAGUCUGAAGCGGAUCUGGCUGUUGGUGAAUCAGUUCAGUGAGACCGGGAAGAAGGAACUGAGAUCUCUGCAGGAACCCAGACCCGGACUGACAGUGGAUCUGUGAACAUCCGAAUGUGUGAACAUCCCCGCCCGCGGGAUGGGGACAUUUGGCCGACUCCCCGCCCUCCCCUUUAACUCCCGCCCUUACCUUUAACGCCGCCUUUAACGGCCGCGCGCCGGGGCUGAUUCCCGACGGUUUUAACUGGACCGGCUCAAGCCUCGCGCUGUGUGCGUCGCUCGGAGAGGUCCCGCAGUGACGUGUUUCCGCCUGUUGCCCGGCGGGGCAGCUUCCGCCGGAAGUGCGUGUACGAGACUCCCCACGUGGCACCCCGGGGAAUUACCCGGACGGGAAGAGCCCGGGGGUCCGGGGCUCAGUCUGGGACACCAGUGUCCCGGGGUGGGGGGGAUGAUCCCGGGAGAGAAUCCUUUUGCCCCCUUUGCUGAGGACGGUGCAUUCGGCAGCCUGGCCGAUAUAAUGAUGUUAAAUGGACAAAUCCUUCGGCAGUGACCCUGGAUCUGCAGCGAUCCCGGACACGGCCCUGAAGUGUGAUUUUAUAAUCAUCGGUUCCCCGAUGCAGAGUGACGGUGAGAAACGGGACUGAUUAUUCAACCGGUCACCCGUUGUCGCCGGUCAGUUAAUUGUGUCUGACUGUGAGUGAGUCGGGAGCAGCUUAUUUAUUCCCGCACGUCAGCAGCUCACACAUUGUUUAAUUACAUUUGUCUUGAUGAAAUCAAUAAACCACUGUA